CUUUAAUUCUCAUUUUUGCACAUUGAGUUCAUUAGUGAAGUCCAUCUCAGUAACGUUUCAAGAGAAAAAUGAGCUACUUCUAAUAAUCUUUUUGAGUGUUUUUUACUCUUUUGCCCGUUUAAUCUUUUUAAAAUGGGCAAAAGGGAUAAAGGAGAUAGAGAGAAGAAAUCCAAGAAACGUCACUAUGAGGAGGAAGAUGAUGAAGAUGAUGUGACCGGCAGCGAGCCUCAGGAAGCCAUACCAGCUGCUGCAGGAAAGCAGGUGGACGAGUCUGGGACAAAGCUCGACGAGUAUGGAGCCAAAGACUACCGCGCUCAGAUGCAGCUCAAGAAAGACCAUUCUUCACGCCCACUCUGGGUGGCUCCAGAUGGACACAUCUUUCUGGAAGCGUUCUCUCCGGUGUAUAAGUAUGCUCAGGAUUUCUUAGUGGCCAUCGCAGAGCCUGUGUGCAGACCCAACCACGUUCAUGAGUACAAGCUGACCGCGUACUCGCUCUACGCAGCGGUCAGUGUGGGGCUGCAGACUUCAGAUAUCGUGGAGUACCUGCAGAAGCUCAGCAAGACAUCUGUACCGGAUGGCAUUGUUCAGUUUAUCAAACUUUGCACUGUGAGCUAUGGGAAAGUCAAGCUUGUGCUUAAGCACAACAGGUAUUUUGUAGAAAGUGCAUUCCCUGAUGUCAUCCAGCAUCUCCUGCAGGACAACUUGAUCCGUGACUGUCGCCUGCGCGGUGCCGACGGAUCGGACCCUGAGCUCAUUACCGAGGUCAUCCACAGCAAGUCAGCGAUUUCUAAAGCUGUCCAGGACAAAGGAGGUACGUCCACCUCACAGCAGCCCAUCGAUGGACAAACCUCGAACCAGCAGGUCCCCGAGGACAUCUUCAGCUACUAUGAGCAGAUGGAUAAAGAGGAAGAAGAGGAAGAGGAGACCCAGACAGUGUCUUUUGAAAUUCGCCAGGAAAUGAUAGAGGAGCUGCAGAAGCGAUGUAUUCAGCUGGAGUACCCCCUCCUAGCUGAGUACGACUUUCGAAAUGACACUGUCAACCCUGACAUCAACAUUGACCUGAAGCCCACCGCCGUGCUGCGGCCCUACCAGGAGAAGAGCCUGCGCAAGAUGUUUGGAAACGGCCGAGCACGAUCGGGAGUGAUAGUGCUGCCCUGCGGAGCCGGUAAAUCUCUGGUGGGUGUGACCGCCGCGUGCACCGUGCGUAAACGCUGCCUGGUGCUGGGUAACUCCUCCGUCUCCGUGGAGCAGUGGAAGGCCCAGUUCAAGAUGUGGUCCACCAUCGACGACUCCCAGAUCUGCCGCUUCACCUCCGACGCCAAGGACAAACCCAUCGGCUGCUCAGUGGCCAUCAGCACCUACUCCAUGUUGGGUCACACCACCAAGCGAUCCUGGGAGGCAGAGAAGGUCAUGGAAUGGAUGCGGACGCAGGAGUGGGGACUCAUGAUCCUGGAUGAGGUCCACACCAUCCCUGCAAAGAUGUUUCGACGUGUCCUGACCAUCGUCCAGGCCCAUUGCAAACUGGGACUCACCGCCACACUGGUCAGGGAGGACGACAAGAUUGUGGAUCUCAACUUCCUUAUUGGUCCUAAGAUGUAUGAAGCCAACUGGAUGGAGCUGCAGAACAACGGUUAUAUCGCCAAAGUUCAGUGUGCAGAGGUGUGGUGCCCGAUGUCCCCGGAGUUUUACAGAGAGUACGUGGCCAUUAAGACAAAGAAGCGCAUUCUGCUGUACACGAUGAACCCCAAUAAGUUUCGGGCCUGCCAGUUUCUCAUCCGCUUCCAUGAGCGGCGCAACGACAAGAUCAUCGUCUUUGCUGACAACGUCUUUGCCUUGAAGGAAUACGCCAUUCGCCUCAACAAGCCUUUCAUCUAUGGUCCCACUUCUCAAGGGGAGCGAAUGCAGAUUUUACAGAACUUUAAACACAAUCCAAAGAUCAACACCAUUUUCAUCUCUAAGGUUGGAGACACUUCUUUUGACUUGCCAGAAGCCAAUGUUCUGAUCCAGAUCUCCUCCCAUGGUGGCUCACGCAGACAGGAGGCACAGAGACUUGGCAGAGUCUUAAGAGCCAAGAAAGGAAUGGUGGCUGAGGAGUACAAUGCGUACUUUUAUUCUCUGGUGUCUCAGGACACCCAGGAGAUGGCUUAUUCCACAAAGAGGCAGAGAUUCCUUGUGGACCAGGGAUACAGCUUCAAAGUAAUUACAAAGUUAGCAGGUAUGGAGGAAGAGGACCUGAUGUUCUCCAGCAGAGAGGAACAGCAGCAGCUGCUGCAGAAGGUGCUCGCUGCUUCAGACCUGGAUGCUGAGGAGGAAGUAGUAGCAGGCGAAGUGGGAGUACGACCACAGUUUUCCCGGCGAGUGGGCACCAUGAGCUCCAUGUCGGGUGCAGACGACACAGUCUACAUGGAAUAUCAAAGCAGGAGCAACAAAGCCUCUGCGGGGAGCAAGAACGUUCACCCACUAUUCAAGCGCUUCAGAAAGUAGAUCCGGCGAAACCCGACUCUUGGAAGACCUGCUCUGUUGUCACAGGACAGAGAAAAGGGG